UCAAAACACUUUGGAAAAGCAAGCUUUGUUUAGUUGACUUUCCUUCUUUGUUCCUAACUGGGUCCAGUUCCUCUGAGGAAGAUUGAUGAGAGUACAAUCAAGGUCUUGAAGUAUAUCCACAACAGAAUCAGUUACAGUCUUCAUUGGAACAACUGCAGUUUAUUGGACAGUAUCUACGAGAGAGGAUCGGGCUGACAAAAGGAGACAGACAGAUCAACAUUAUGGCAUCAGCAGGUCUACAGCUCAUUGCUUUUAUUCUAGCCUUAUCUGGCAUUUGUGGCAUAAUUAUAGCCACACUAUUGCCAAACUGGAAGGUAAAUGUAAAUGUGGGCUCAAAUAUCAUAACAGCUAUUAUUCAACUUCAAGGGCUGUGGAUGGACUGCACAUGGUUCAGCACCGGGAUGUUCAGUUGCACACUGAAACACUCAAUCCUAUCCCUCCCUGUCUAUGUGCAGACUGCACGGACCACGAUGGUAUUGUCUUGCAUCCUCUCAGCUUUGGGGAUUUGCAUUUCUACAGUUGGCAUGAAAUGUACACGGUUAGGAGGGGACAGAGAAACCAAAAAUCGUACUACUUUUGCCGGAGGAGUAUGUUUUAUUCUCUCAGGGGUAUCUGGUUUAAUACCUACAUCAUGGUACAUGAAGGAGAUCAUUUCAAAUUUUUGGGAUCCAACAGUCCCAGAGCACAAUAAGCAUGAACCUGGUGGAGCUAUUUACCUUGGAAUUAUUUCAACAGCAUUACUACUUGUAGCAGGUGUGAUUUUCUGCACUUCCUGUUUAAAAAGACAUCAAGAAGCUAGGCACUAUCCUUCCUCACAGCAGGAUAUCUUAACUACUCAGUCAGAGAACAAUGCAGGAUAUAACCUGAAGGAUUAUGUAUAAAUUAUUAUAUACUAUAGAUGGUGAAUGAAAUACUAGAAAUGUUUAUUUUUUUUAACUUUAGAUUGAAAAUAAAUCAAAAUCAUAUUUAACUGUCUUCAUUAGAUCUUAUACUGUGUUUCUAUUAUUCUAUUUUAUAUCAAGAUUUUUUUUUUAAACUGAUAGUUACUUUUACAUUUAAUACUCAAGGUUUAUUUGAAAAACAUUAUAAAGCAAUUGGCAGCUUAUUAAUAUUAUAGCUUACUUCUUGAAACAUUCGUUUAAAGUGGAUUAACUACAUUCCAAAAUGUGUGCUUUUGAUGUUUCAUUUUGAGUAUUCAACUGGACUAAAAUCCAGGCUAAAGCUCUAUGUCCUGCUUUUAACCAAAAGUAACAUCUGUUUUUGCUUUCCAAUUCUCUAACACCAUGGUAACUCAGUUCUUUUUUUUUUUUUUUUUUUUUUUGAGCCACAAUAUAUAAUUGCAUGUCAGAAGCUGAAGAGCUGUCAUUGCCAUUCAGAUAUUGCCAAAAAUGUCCCUCCCAAGCCCCCACCUGCUGUUCAGUAUCUUUGGCCCUCUUUUUCUUUUGCAUUUCAAAGGAAAGGUUUACAUAGGUUUCCAACUGUUGCUAAUCGUUCAGCCAAACAAUUCAGGCUAAAUCUAAGAGGGAACAAAUUGGUAAAUGUUAUAAGGAGAAAGAAAAGAUGUAGGACUUUUAACCUUUAUGAUAACAAUAUGGGAAAAAAAUUAUAUGAUUAUCCUUUCUAUUUCCAUAUCUCUCAAGAUGUGAGCUCUUUGGGAUGUAUUCUUUUAUUUCCUUCCAAUCAUUUAGGUUUUCCACUUUUUUCAUUUAAUCUAAGAUAAAAUGUCAUAUAUGUUGAUAAUAAGGGUUUAUUUUCAAAUUCUUUGCCUUUUUUUUUCCAGCCAUGAUUUAAAUAGACUAGGGGACUAUUUUCCUUUAAACAGAUAAACUACCUCCCCUACAAUAACUAAAAUGAAAGUGUUUUGAAUAAAAGAAACUAUUGUGUUUUGGUCCAAAUCUGUAAAAGUGUAGGGAACUCCUGAUAAGGCUCUCUCUAUCAAAGCCAAUCACUAGUUGUUUUGCAAUUUAUAAUAAUCUCUCAAAGGGUUGAUAUGAAGGCAUUGAGAGGUAAAAUGACUCACUUAAGAUGAUAUCAUCAGAAUGUGUUAAAGGCUGGCUCUGACCUAGUCUUCCUGACUUCCCUCACUAUAACAUUUUGUCUCUUAUAAAUCUAAGGUUAUGAGAUAUCAAAUUCUAAUCAGAAAGAAAAAAAAAAAUCUGACUUGUCUAUGUCUGUUUAGGUAGAAAGGAAAUUUAGGACAGUUUUGAUUUGGGAUUAUGCAUUAAAGUAGUUGAGUGUGUGUGUGUAUGUGUGUGUGUCUAUGUGUGGAAAUUUUAUAAAAUCAAAUAAUAUAACUUUCCAAUUAUUUUAAAGUGCUACCCCAAGUAUUUGUUAUUGUUAUUUAUUAAUAAUAUAUAUUCAUUAAUUUGUGACAUAAGAUGAUGAGUUACUAAUAUAGUAUUGCUGUCAUUAGAAAUAGUAACUUUUAUAUGUUGCUAAUAAAAAUAAGAUUUUUGUGCAUAUAGGGGAAACUCAUUUUCAAAACUAUUUUACUGUGCAUAUUAACACAUAUCAGCAUUAUAGUGAAAUUUUUAAAAUAAGAUGACUAAAGUGAAGAAAAAUCAUUUCAUGUGAAAAUCACAGAUGGUUCCAUAGCUAUACAAAAUGUUUUUAGUUUAACUGUUCAUGGUCAUCAUUUUCUAGGUGAGUAAAUGAAUCUAAAGAAAUACUGUAAGACAAAAAUAUUAAUCCAAUACUUUAUAUAUUAGCUGGAAUAAUUUUGCAUUGAUAUGUUUUCUUACUUUGCUUAAAUGUGUUUGGAUUGUCAAAUGUACUAACAGAAAGGAAAAAUGCUAUAUAUAAUCAAAUUAAUGCAAGAACUAAAUGCUCUGUUCAGCACCAGUCUUUGUUAGGGGAAGGAUAUAAUCACUCAAACGGAUGCAAGAUAUCAACCUAAGAAGAGCUUUAAUAUACAAAUUAAGUACAAAAGAAAUUUAGGAAACCACAUCCAUUCAAAAGUCUUGUAACUAUUACAUAUUCUGAAAUAGCUUUUUAGUUUUAUUUUUCCUAUGGAUAGGGAUAAUUUGUAUUUUAGCUUCACAGGUUCUCCUAGAGCUCCUGCUGAGUUGUAAAAAGUGUGAAGGCGUGAAUAAAAUAAGAUGAUUUUGAUCACAAAUUAAGUAGUAAAGUAAGCAGCAAAGGUAUUAACAUUAACAUAAAAUUGAAAACAAGGUUUGCCAAGAAUAAGCCAAAAUGGAUAUCUACUUCAAAUCAGCAUGAUCUUACUAUCACUAUAAAGAAUGAAAACACUAUCCA